UGCUGUGGUCCCAGCACUGACAGAGUUAACAACCUUUACCUCUUCCUGUCUGUCAGUUUUGGGACAGCAAUCACCCAAUCAGGAAACUCCUUGACGUCACGUGGCAUAUGACAGCAGUAGUGUUGGGCACACAACGCCACCUUUCUGAGCACCCCUAGAAUCUGCCCCCCCAGGUGGGGUUGCAGGGAUGAGCGAAGCGGUAAUUCUGGUAAGGUGUAUAUAAGAGGUGGUGCCAUCGGGGACAUAAGGGACAGGAAAGACCCACAACUCAGGAUGUUUUCAAGAAAGAAGCGGGAGCUGAUGAAAACUCCGUCCUUAUCAAAGAAAAGCAGAGCAGGAAGCCCAGCACCACAAAGCGAUGUCCCUCGAAAGGAUGCUAGCGAGCCCGAAGUAUUCUCGAGUGCAUUACUGACCAGUAACCCUGUGUCCUCUGGAACCCUGAAGAGACCGACAAGUCUAAGUCGUCAUGCCAGUGCUGCAGGGAUCCCUCUUUCUUCACCUAGAAGCAAAGCCAGCAAACCAACAGGAGCUCCAAGCCCUCCUGAAAGUGGAGAAGGACCCUUCAUCGAGGUGGAGGACAUCUCACAGCUUCUUGGAGAUGUAGCAAGAUUUGCAGAACGUUUAGAAAAACUUCGGGAUGUAGUACUGACCGAGGAGGUGAAGGAAACCCGACGCCCACUGGCCCAUGAGUGUCUUGGGGAAGCACUGAGAAUCCUCCGCCAGGUGAUCAACAAAUAUCCCCUUCUCAACACUGUAGAGACUUUAACUGCAGCUGGGACUCUUAUCUCCAAAGUCAAAGGUUUCCACUAUGAAGCAAGUAUUGAGAAUGAGAAGCGAGAUUUCGAGAAGGCUCUGGAGAGCAUGGCCGUGUGCUUCAGCAGCACAAUCUCUGAAUUCCUUAUGGGGGAAGUGGACAGUAGCACAUUGUUAUCUUUACCACCUGGGGACCAGAGCCAGUCCAUGGAGAGCUUAUAUGGUGGUCUUUCUGGAGGGGAGAGUACACUGCCCAAUGCAGAGUAUAUGGAUGCAGGUAGCCCUUUGGGUGAGGAUGUGGACAUCAUCCUACAGAGGAGUGAGGGAGGAGUACGAGCUGCAUUUCUCUAUGCAAAAAACCUUGCAAAAUACAUGAAAGAUCUGACAAGUUACAUAGAGAAAAGAACCAUUCUGGAAAUGGAAUAUGCCAAGGGACUCCAGAAACUGGUGAACACAUCCAAAGUCGCCCUGACGCAGGAGCCAUACAUGCCUUUCCAGUCCAUCUAUUCUGUGGCUUUGGAGCAGGACCAAGAACAUGCACAUGGAGUGCUACACACAUCACUGACCCUUCAGCAGCAGACCUUUCUACAGCCAGUAAACAUACGGCGUUUGGAACAUGAGAAACGCAGAAAGGAGGUGAAGGAGCAAUGGCAGAGAGCUCAGCGCAAACUGAUGGAGGCAGAAACCAACCUCAGGAAGGCAAAGCAAAUAUAUAUGCAGCGCAGCGAAGAGCAUGAAAAGGCGCAGUAUGUCGCAGCGCGGGCUGAAGAGGAGCAGAGUCAUGGUGUUACUAAAUCUAUUGACAAGAAAAGGAGGGCUGAAGAAGAAGCCAAGAACAGAGCAGAGGAAUCGAUGGCCACUUACCGGACAUGCAUUGCAGAUGCCAAGACACAGAAACAGGAGUUGGAGGAUAUGAAAGUGAAUGUUCUUCGUCAACUCCAAGAGCUUAUCAAACAGACCGACCAGAUCAUGCGCUCGGCCACCAUCUCCUAUUAUCAGAGCAUGCACAUGGAGACAGCCCCUCUACCAGUUGGGUUCCAGACACUCUGUGAGAGCAGUAAACUCUAUGAUCUGGGGCAGCAAUAUGCAUCAUAUGUUAGACAGCUUGGAGCUGGAGCAGAACCUGAAACUUCCUAUGACUUCCAGGCAUAUACACCACAGAUAACAAUGUCACCAUACAUUCGGAGUAGAAAGUCAAGUUUCAACUCCCAAGAUUUUGCUACUGCAGAAAAUAAGGAAAUCCCUGGAGAGGAGCGUGUUGUAGAGAGAAGAGGAGGCAGAGGUCAUCAAGUACAUAAGUCAUGGCCAAGUGCUAUGUCUGAGGGAGACACAACAGGGAGCAAAGAAACCACAGGUUUCUCAGAAAAACUGAUACAGCCUCUCUCACCCAAUGAAGACGUUGAAAGCAAAAGACUGACAGCACUUGAACAAGGCAUUAAUGGACUCCCUGCAGACUUGGAGGCAACAAGCCCUACUGGUCCAUUCCGCAAUGUUGGGUUAUCUCGAGCUGCUAGGACGCACAGGCUGCGCAAACUACGGACGCCAAGCAAGUGUCGAGAGUGUAACAGUUAUGUGUACUUCCAGGGAGCAGAGUGCGAGGAGUGCUCCCUCGCCUGUCACAGAAAAUGCUUGGAAACUCUGGCGAUACAGUGUGGUCACAAGAAAUUGCAGGGUCGCUUGCUUCUGUUUGGCAGAAACUUCUCUGAGGCAUCGCUGAGGUCUCCAGAUCAUGUGCCCUUCCUCAUCCACAAGUGUGUCUCAGAGAUAGAAGCACGCGCAUUAACUAUGAAGGGUAUAUAUCGUGUGAAUGGGGUAAAGACACGUGUGGAGAAGCUAUGCCAGGCUUUUGAAAAUGGGAAGGAGUUGGUUGAGCUCUCUCAGGCAUCACCACAUGAUCUGAGCAAUGUCCUGAAACUGUACCUUCGACAGCUCCCUGAGCCUCUGAUGCCAUUCCGUCUGUAUAACGGUCUUAUGGGUCUUGCAAAAGAGAGUCUACGUGGGUGUGAACCUGGCAAGGCAUCCAGACUGGAAGACAAAGGAGAAGAGACCGUGACAGAGAUAAAAAUCAUGGUGGAAAAACUGAAAGAAUUGUUGUUAGAUUUGCCACAUGAAAACAAGGUCACGCUGCAGUACUUGAUAAAGCAUUUGUGCCGAGUUUCAGAUCAAGAGCAGAUCAAUAAGAUGAGCCCCAGUAACUUAGGCAUCGUUUUUGGGCCUGCACUGAUGCGACCACGUCCCACAGAAGCAACUGUGUCUCUGUCAUCCCUUGUGGAUUAUCCUCACCAAGCACGCAUUGUGGAGACACUUAUUGUCUUUUUUGACAAAAUUUUCCAGGAAGCACCUUUAGGCCUGGAUAAAAUACUGAAAACUGAUGAUGAUACCUCUCCACACGGAAGUGUUUCAAAGCUGGAAGCCACACCUGAAGAAGAGGUGGCUGAAGAAGUGUCAAACUACCAGGAUGCAGUAUUCAGACAAUCAAUUGGAUCAUCUGUAGAUUCAGACUCUGAAUCAGAUGGUGGAGAUGACAUGCCAAGGUCAUGGGAAACCAUAGCCACAUGUACUCAAUUUGCAAAACAGGCCAGCGAGACCAGCACAGAUGACAUCCCCUAUAUUGGAACAGAUGCACAAUCUGAAUCGGAGGAAGACAGCACUCAAAACCAAGGAAAUUUGGCUGAAAACAAUACGAAUCAGUCUAACAAUGUGCUUUUGACCACUCGAUUCUUGAGGACCCCUUUGCACUGCCACCGUCUACUUCCCACCAUCCGUGUACUUCAGGGAAGAAUUGCAUUGAGCUCUUCAACUGAACGUUUCCCACGCUUUGUUUAAUUGACUAACUUUCUAAGGCUUCUGCAAUCUAAAGUGCCUUGCCAACCAAAUAUUCCUUAAAACUAUUUGAGAGAUAAAUGCGUUGACACAGUACUCUUAAAAGCAGCAGCUUUCAGCUUUGUGUGUAUUUAAAACUAAGAACCCCUUCACCCUCACUAAAGAUGGUACACAGGAAGCAGCAGCUGCUCCGUAACAGCAGCUGUGCAGAGACCAAAAGGGAGUGCGUGUGUAAGUAUGGAGAGAAGUUGAUGUGUGUAUCUGCUUAAAAUAAAAAUCACCAUUUGUUUUCUACAAAAUAAUAAAAAUAAAAAAAAGUCCACAAUGAGUCUCAAAACAUUUAUUUACUUUAAAUCUUU